CAAAAGCAAAAAUCCACCCCCCCCCCCCCACUCCCCCACGAAAAAAGAUUCAAUCUCCUGGAGAUCUCUGAUUUGUUUCGCUCCAAAACAAAAGCUUUCGGUUUUUCUGCAUGCAGCAUCAUCGUCGUCGCAAUCCGUUCGAUCUUCUGUAUAAUUAGGAAAUCCGAAUUGAUGGGUUUCUUGUCGGAUCGGACGGUCAACGUUUUUUUAACCUUUUCUUUCGCUUUUACCUCCAAAUCUCCGUCUUCUUUCCCUAUUUGAACCUCCAAAUCGCGUCUCCGGGAUUCGGCUGUCUCUGCAGAUUAAGGGUUUCGUGCUUUUUUGGGAUUCAAAUUCAGGAAGAAUGAGCGUGACGAAGUCUCAGGUUUGGCAGCCCUGCAAGAAGAAGAGGUAGUUUUAGAGAGAGAAAUUAGAGAGAGAGAGAGAGAGAGAGAGAGAGAGAGAGAGAGAGGUAUUGGAAGUGGAAUUUUGAGAGAGAAAAUUUGGAAGAUUCUAGAGAGGGAAGGGAGAGGAGAGGGAGAGAGAGAGGUUGGAGAUGGCGUCGAGGUCGAACACCGGAAGCAGGACGCGAGUCGGGCGGUACGAGCUGGGGCGGACUCUCGGGGAGGGCAAUUUCGCCAAGGUCAAGUUCGCUCGCAACGUCGAGACAGGGGAGAACUUCGCGAUCAAAAUUCUCGACAAGGAGAAGGUCCUCAAGCACAAGAUGAUCGGCCAGAUCAAACGAGAAAUAUCAACAAUGAAAUUAAUUAGACAUCCGAAUGUCAUUCGCAUGUAUGAGGUGAUGGCUAGCAAGACGAAAAUAUACAUUGUUUUGGAAUUCGUGACUGGUGGAGAACUAUUUGACAAAAUUGCAAGUAAAGGAAGAUUGAAAGAAGAUGAAGCAAGAAAGUAUUAGCAGCUUAUAAAUGCUGUUGAUUACUGUCAUAGCAGAGGUGUUUUUCAUAGGGACCUAAAGCCAGAGAAUUUGCUGCUAGAUGUUAGCGGGACUCUUAAGGUUUCAGAUUUUGGACUGAGUGCUCUACCUCAGCAAGUGCGAGAAGAUGGAUUGCUUCACACAACAUGUGGAACACCAAAUUACGUUGCCCCUGAGGUAAUAAAAAACAAAGGGUAUGAUGGAGCGAAAGCAGAUUUAUGGUCUUGCGGUGUGAUUCUUUUCGUCUUAAUGGCUGGGUAUUUGCCUUUUGAAGAUUCCAACCUCAUGUCAUUAUACAAAAAGAUAUUUAAGGCCGAGUUCAAAAGUCCUCCAUGGUUCUCCUCGAGUGCAAAGAAGCUAAUCAAGAGAAUCUUGGAUCCUAACCCCGUGACAAGAAUUACAAUUGCUGAGGUCAUUGAGAAUGAGUGGUUUAAGAAGGGAUAUAAGCCACCUAGCUUUGAACAAGUUGAUGUCAGUCUUGAUGAUGUGGAUUCUAUAUUCAAUGAAUCAGGGGAUUCUCAGAACCUUGUAGUGGAGAGGCGAGAAGAGCGGAAUGUGGCGCCUGUCACAAUGAAUGCCUUUGAGCUUAUUUCUACAUCCGAGGGCCUGAAUCUCAGUAGUCUCUUUGAGAAACACAUGGAUCUUGUUAAACGAGAAACAAGGUUCACAUCCAAACGUCCUGCUAAUGAGAUCAUUUCUAAAAUUGAGGAAGCUGCGGCACCUUUGGGAUUUGGUGUAAAGAAAAAUAACUUCAAGUUGAAGCUGCAAGGUGAAAAAACUGGACGUAAAGGCCAUUUAUCCGUUGCAACAGAGAUUUUUGAGGUGGCCCCCUCACUCUACAUGGUUGAGGUUCGCAAGUCCGGAGGAGACACUCUGGAAUUUCACAAUUUCUACAAAAACCUGUCGACGGGGCUGAAGGAUAUAGUCUGGAAAUCAGCAGAUGAAUCAAGGAAGGAAGCAGAUGGCGGUGCAGGUGCAAGUGCAGGUGCUGGUGCUGGUGCUGGUGCUGGUGCUGGUGCUGGUGCUGGUGCUGGUGCAGGUGCUGGUGCAGGUGCAGGUGCAGGUGCUGGUGCUGGCGCUGGCGCUGGCGCAGGUGCUGGUGCUGGUGCUGGUGCUGGUACCGGUGUUGUGCCAUCUAGAUGAUUGACUUCCUCGGGCCUCGGGCGAACAUGUUGAUGGGGUUUUAUAGCUAUAUUCUGUUUCUCUCUUCAAAUUUUUGGGUGAACGUUGUCACGUGUUUGUUGUUGUAACUUAUAAGCAGCACUUGGGGUUAUAUCCUUGUAGUGACCCUGUCAUUCAGAAUGCGUUAUGUACUUGUUAGGGUUUGUAUCCAAAUACAACUACAUUUUAUGGUGACAAUAUAUAUAAAAAUAAAGAGAUGUAAAUUUGUAUCA